GUCAAAUACCAUCUAACGUAAUGUCAACAAUAGAUGUCAACCGUGCACGGGCAUACAUGGUUUGGCAAAGAAAAAGUUGGUGUAUUUAUUGUAAUUUACUGAAAAUCUAGUGCCGGUUUGGCACCGACUACCAAGUACCGUCCGUGUCCGUGUUUGUCCGUGCCACUUGGGGUGCGAUUGUGUUCCAUUGCGUGCAGUGCUUGUGCCCGAUUUGCAUCGAGUUCCGGUCGCGCAAGGGAAGCGUACCAUGUAGAAGCAGGCGCUGUUUUGUUUACAGAUUAGCGUUUUCUGCGUGCGGUUGUUGGUUCCUACAGGCAAAAGGCAUAAUUGACGCUUAAUAUGUGGCCCGUGUCGUGUGCUGCGUCCUCAAUGUACAUUCUCUGCCGUUAACACAUUCCUUUACCACACACCCAGCCAUCCCAGCGUAGCUGCGAAACAGCAACACCGCAGCCAUCGCGUUGCGAGCAUUUGAUAAUGUUUUCAAAAGUCCUCAACUAUCCCGCGGCCAGCAGCACAACGAACGCUCACACACGCUUUGUGGCCGCUUCGUCGACCGCCGUAUCGUCCAGCGCAAGCACCAGUUCCUCCUCGUUCAACUAUGACAACCUGCGGCUGGACGAUAUCCUGUGUGCCGUCUGCCAGUCGGUGCUGAUCGAACCGGUGUUUCUGCCCUGCCAGCAUCUCUUCUGCCGCAGCUGCAUCCGGGAGACGAUCGAAACGAACAAACUGUGCUGUCCGUGCUGCCGGAAACGGUUCGGCACAUGGUAUCGCAAUGCUUCCCGUGCCAACGAACUCGUGCACGAACAGCUUUGGCGUGCGAUCCAAAGCCAGUUCCGUGAGCACUUGGACGAAGAUAACCCGUCAGCAGGCUCGUCGAAACGCUCGGCGACGCAUCAGACCAAACCAUUAUACACAGCCCCACCAACAUCCACCGUUCAGCUGGCCAAUCCGGGAGAAAUCGGAAAGGAGUACAAAGACGAGCUGAAGCGAUACCAGAAGGAAAUUUACGAAGAAAAGGCAAAAGAGCUGACCGCUUCGGAGCAGUAUAUAAUCAAUCUGUACAAACAGGAAGGUAUAAUCGAUCUGGCCGAUAACAGCAGCCACGUUUCCGUAUCGUCCGCGACCACUCCCGAUCUGCAUGACGGUGUUGGGGGUGGAAAAUGCUCCACCGUGGAUCACGCACCGGCCGGUUGCGGUUCGGUGGCGGGUCCAUCGACGGUACGCAGGCAGAUUCAGCCCAACCAGCUUACGACACUUAACGGAACCAAGCCAUCCGGUACAUUGAAUCACAACUCACCGUCUAGUGGAAGUGUAAUUUCAAUUUCCUCCACUUCGUCCGCCGCGUCCGGUGUGACCGCUUCAUCGUGUGCCACGUCGUCCGCCUCGGGACGCUACAGUUUGAUCAAAUCGGUCGCCCAGAAGGUUGGCCGGUCGGCAGAGAUCGUGAAGCAAAAAGUGCAAGACACAAUCCUGCAUCGGCUAACGGCAGGAAAGCUGCAACAGCACCAACGUUCGCUCAACGUAAUCGAUCUGAACAAAAGCGAGCUGUGCGUCAAACCGACGGCAGUCCACAAGCUGGAGCGUCGCGGCGUGGAAGGGGACGACGCUGAGGGAGGAGACGAUUCGGACAGCUUGAAAUCGGAACAGAACCACUUCAUACCGAUCGUGCAGUCGAUGCCGAAAAGCAGCUUCUCGUGCAAUACCUUUCGGCGUGUGCCAACCGUCCGACCUGUUCCAUCGCCGGCCAAGUACGAAUCGUCCCCGCAGAAGAGUCCCUACCAGCCGCUCAAGCACAACAGAUCGUCGUCAGCAUUUAAGGUUGUGAAACUAGAGCUUCUGUCCCCGUCGCCGGUCCCGUUCGCCGAGCCCGGGGAACAGUCGUCGGUUGUUGAUUCGAUAAAGAAGGAAGUCGUCCCGCGCAACACGCCACGAGCCCGGGGACGCCCACGUCGAAUCAAGUUUACACCCACCAGAACGCAGAAAACACCGCCAAAACCGGACGCUGGAGCAUCCGGCAGCAACGGUCGCACCAAGCGCACCGCGGCGAUUCGCCCGUCCACCAUAAAGGACAUCAUCGUGAGCGAUCAGCAGCGCCGCGAGCAGCAGAUCGAGAUGGAGCGACGCGACUUUGAGUAUGCGCAGAAACUGCAGCAAAAGCUGAACCGUGCGUGUGGGGUAAUGCAGGAGAUCCAGCGACAGCCCGGAACCAUGGCGAGAAGCACCGUCUAUUCGUUGCGUCGCAGGGGCUUAAACUACGGCAUCGCGGAGAGAGCGUGCGACACACGUGGCGGUAGCACCAAAAGCAACAAUGCCGUGUUAAACAACUCGGACGAUAAUACUCCCAGCUCGAGCAGCACAAAGAAGCAGCCGGCUUCGGGUCAGGCAACGCAGCGCAAACGUAAGGCCACCAGUAGCAGUGUGGAGAAUGACGUUCCUUCCAGCGUUUCGCCUCCCAAGCGAGUUGCGCCACAAGUGAAAACGCGACGGCAGACGCGACAGGUUCGAACAACCAUCGGCGGCAACGAUACCAGUCCGGAUGAGUUGCAGCAAGACUAUCCGGAAGAACCGCAACCGACUGUUCCGGUGCGUAAAUCAACGCGCAACAAGACUCGCUAGAGGCGAUGCGAUGCGCACAGCAACAGUACACCACACCGUUUGGUACAACUUCGACGUACGCAGGCACAUGUAACACUCAGCAAACUAUUAACCGCAGAAUGAAUCGUUGUUUCAGCAGGAUAUGAUGGGUCAAAACAGAAAAGCAGACGAAACUCUUGUUUGUUAUCGUUCCAGGACUGUUUUUUUUAGGUGCAAUCAAUCAAACACAGCACGGCAAACGAAUGCAAUCUUCAUAUUUAUCUCUACUUCAACCUAUCUUAUUAACUUUAUUGUAUAAAGAAACCCACAUAUGAGCGGAAUGAUAGCAAGCGGAACGGGAAAAUUGAAUGUCGAAUAUUUGUUUCUGAACUGUACAUGUAUCCUGCGCAGCAAAGUAAUACUCUUUUCGCGAAAGCUCUUCUUUUGUGUUGUACGUACAUGAAACGUGAUUUUUUUUUUUUUGGUCUAGCUUAAGCGAUGUAAUCCGUUAAGAAUGGUUUCCUUUCUUGCAAACAAUACUUACAAACGAUGCGCGAUGUGCGAUACUAUCGGCGAGUCCAUUGAUAAUAGUAAUCGCGAGAACAAAGAUUCAAACUCAACUCUACGCAAA